GUCCUCCGUUUGAGAUUGGUUGGUUCGUUCCAAACCCUAAGGAGCGAUGAGAGAGAGAGUGAAGCCACGAGAGAGAAAGAGAUCCUUUAAAACCCACGUUUCAAUCCAAUAGCAACGCUCUUUCUGUCUGCUUCCGAGACUGAGUUUCAUUGCAAAGUUUCUCUCUCCUGCCUGCAGCUGCUGCGCGCGCAGAGAGUGGAAGAAAGAGAAAGGGGGAAAAUGUUGGGAGGAGCAGUACUACGACGCUCCUGCCGCAGCCUCGCAGCAGCGGCAAUGGCGUCUUUCCGCCGAUCUUAUGGUGCCGCUGCCGCCCUUCAACUGUCCUCAGAAGACCAUUAUUACUACUCUGAGGAGGAGUCGAGCAGGAUUCCGGUGGCGGAGGCGGAUUUGGGUUGGGCUGAUGGUGGCAGAGUGAGAGGGGUGCAGUGGGUUCUUAUUGGCAGCCCCGGGGUUCAGAAGAGGCUCUAUGCGGGGCACCUCGCUCGACUGCUUGGCGUUCCCCAUAUAUCCAUGGGUUCCCUCGUUAGGCAGCACCUCCCCUUGUCAAAGCAGAUAUCAAAUGCCAUGAGACAAGGAAAGCUCCUCCCAGAGAGUAUAAUAUUUGGCCUAUUGUCCGAGAGACUAGAGCAGGGGUAUCUUGUUGGGGAAACUGGUUUCAUUUUAGAUGGGUUUCCUCGAACUCGGAUUCAAGCUGAGAUUCUUGAUCACAAUGCAGAUAUCGACUUGGUUGUGAACUUCAAAUGUGCAGAGGAAUGUCUGGUCAAGAAACACUUAGGAAGCAGCUUCUGUUCACAUUGUGGAAAAUCUUUUAACAAGAGCGGUUUCAAUCCUUGCCUACAAACGUGUUUGCAGGAGCUGCACGGAUGUGAAGGGAAGCUGCCCACUGAUGCUUCUGAUUCUGAGGAUGCCUUAAGGGAGAAACUCCAGAUAUACGAAGAGCAGAGCAAACCACUUGAAGAUUACUACAGAAGACAGAAGAAGCUCUUAGACUAUAAAGUGGCUGGGGGAGUUGGCGAAACAUGGCAAGGCCUCUUGGCAGCUUUGCAGCUUGAGCAUGUAGACAUUGAUUCUCCGAAGUUAACGGCUUGAGCGGGCCAUUAUUCUUGGGUUUUUGCCUUCGUUUCUUUCCCUUAAUUUUGUUUUUCUGGCCAACCAUAUGAUCUAAGUGUAUAUGAGUUUUCCUUGUGUAAAAUUUCGUAGCAUUAGAAUCGUGCUUUGCAUCGGAUUUUACUCGCGGUUUUGGUCUUUUAAUCAGCGUUUGCAAUUUUGAACUGCAAUAUGUAUGUCAGAUUGUGUCUUGGUUUUGAUCGUCUUAUCGUCGUUUGCAAUUUUGCACUGCAAUAUGUAACCUAUACGUACGUGAGCAAGAGGUGAAACAGGGGAGAUUUUAUUCACUUGUGGUUCUUAUGCGAAGGAGCUAUCUAUGGAUAUGUAUUUGCACA